AUGGAACAAAUAAGGUCAUUACAGGAUAGGAUUUUGUAUCUACCGGAUAAUAGAGAUGAAGAUACUGGUGAGGUAACAUACGGCAUUGUAUCAGAUGCGGUGACAUUGUCGUGUGCUUGUGUGGUUUCUGCCAAAUUGUGCAACCAGAACUUGAAAGCAUGUCCCGUUUGUGAAAAAGUCGACAUCUAUGUUAUUGGUCCAUGCAAACCGCUAAGACUACUUUAUCAAGAACUGCAAAGGAUCAAGAGAGAUAGUUCAAAACAUAUUCUCACUGAAUUUAAGGAUAUAGACCAAGCCGCUACAGUUUUACAUGACAAUGACAAUACUACGAAUGAUAAUAACAAUGAUGAUGACAUAAGUCAUACUAACAGCAACAUGAAUACGAAUGAAAUUGAUAGUCUUUUACCUCCUAUAACUAAGAACCUUGAAUUUUUUUCCAUGAUGGAGGAUCAACCAAUAGCUGACACAAGCAAUAACAAUAUAUCAUUUCCGGUCAUAAGUUCUAAUACUGGAGACCAAUCACUCUCUGAUAUACCAACUGCUUCACUUCUCUCUGAUACCAAAAAUAGUAGUAGUGAUGACAAUAAUACUCAAUCUUUGAUGCAUUUGUUUCACACAGUUGCGAUUCGUGUUAACAACAAAUACCAGGAUAAUGAUAAGACUCUGUCUGGAGCAAUUGGCCCUACGAAAGAUAAAUUACGUUAUGAUGUACCGUUUAGUUCCUUGAAAGAGGAAGAGGAUGAUUUCCGAGCCUUAGAUAAUGCUUCAAAUACUAGAACUGUCCCAAUAUCACUUGAGAACAAUUCGUCUAAUUUCAGUUCUACAAAUCUUGCCAACGAGGGAAAUAAUCAAUAUUUACAGUUUUCAUCGCUGUCUGCAAGUAAGGCCAACGAUUCACAAACAAAUUUGGACCACAUAUUAUCAGGAAAUUCAGCAAUAUCGGUUGACGAGAAGAGGGAAUUAUACUAUGCUAAGUGCUUCCCAAUGUAUAGGAAAAGAUUUCAAUUUAACACUCACUCAAAGUUUAAUUUUAUCAAAUCCAAUACUUCAUCCUUCAUUAAUACAGCUAUAUCACCAGAUUGCACUAAGUUUGCAUUGAUUACGGAUUCUAAAUGGGAGGUAUAUUCCAUGCCAACUAGGGAGGAUAGGCAUUCAAAUACACCACAGCUGUUAUUUUGUGGCAAAUCGAAUGGCCAAUAUGGUUCAAAUUACAAGGAGCUGAAAAGAAGUGCAAACAAGAAGCUGGAUCAUUCAAACUCCCAUCAGUCAUUUUGUAGAUUAUCAAACGACCUGCUAGUGAUAUCUGGAUCUAAUAAUCAGUUUAGAGUUUACAAUUUAAAUGGCAAUGGUGAAUAUAUUCACUCAUACAAGUCUUCAUUUCCAAUUCGAUGUAUUGAUAUAGACCCAGCUUCACAGAUCAUUGCUUAUGGGAUAACAGGGAAAGAUAGAAACACAGGUGCAGAACAGGCAUUGAUAGCAUUUCACCAAAUAAGUAAAAAUAAAGUUACAACUGAAACUGAAUUUUCAGAACCUGUUACAGUAACUCUACCUUAUCGUGAUCCAAUAAACUCCAUCCAACUAUCGAAUGACGGCAAAUUCAUCUCAUGUUCAACAGCACUGGAGUCCCGUUUCCUUAUAAUAUCAGUUGAAAGACCAAAGGAACCGAGACUGUUAAUGAAGAGUCUGAGAACGAUUGAUUCAUCUAUGGAAUCAGAAGGUAUUACAGAUACGAAGCUUUUCCCAGGCAAUCCUAACAUUAUGUGUGUAACGUCAUGUGCUUUCAAUUCACCUCCAAUUGUGAUCAACACAAGGAUCAACAAUAAGAAGAAUGGUAUAAGAACUGUUGCACAACCUAGUAUGAUAAUGAGAAUCAGUGAGUUGGGAUCACAAAUACACAAAUGUGAAAUAUCCCCACGUAAUGAUUCCAUUGCAUUUUUAGAUAAAAAUGGUUCUGUAUACGUGAUGUCAACUCCUGCAAUGAUGGACAAUGAGAAAAGAAGAGUUGCUUUAGUUGAUAUAGUAGCUAACUCUCACCGAGUUUACGAGUCUGCAUCAUUUCGGUUCAGUCCCGAUGGCCAUCAACUGUUUAUCAUCGAUAGGAAAGGAAUCUUAUACAUCGAAGACUUCGCUGCCGGCCAGCCUCAAGAUCUAGACGUUACCAAAUGUAAACAAAUCGACUAA